AUGAGAGCCCACUGUUUCUUUUUCCCUCAAUUUGAAAGCAUUUGCGUGUCUCAAUUCUCCUCUCUUUCUCUUUCUCUUUCUCAAAGUCUUUCUCUGUGUGUGUUAAUUUAUCUGUCUUUUUGUUGGGAGGAAGGGUGUCAGUUCAGAGUGAUAGUGAAGGGGCUGAGCCCGAGCUAUAAGCUAUAGCAGCAAGCAUGGGGAGAGCUCCAUGCUGUGACAAAGCAAACGUGAAGAGAGGCCCUUGGUCCCCUGAAGAAGACGCCACCCUUAAGAACUAUGUUGAGACUCAUGGCACUGGUGGUAACUGGAUCGCUUUGCCCCAAAAAGCUGGCCUUAAGCGAUGUGGAAAGAGUUGCCGAUUGCGAUGGCUGAAUUAUCUGAGACCAGACAUCAAACAUGGGGGUUUUACCGAAGAGGAGGACAACAUAAUAUGCUCUCUCUAUAGUCAAAUGGGAAGCAGAUGGUCUCUCAUAGCUUCUCAGCUGCCCGGAAGAACAGACAAUGAUGUGAAAAACUAUUGGAAUACCAAGUUAAAGAAGAAGCUCGUGGCAGGGAAAUCAUGCUUCAAUAUUAGCAAGACUAUUAACAAUGAUCUCGUCCCUGCUGCCAACAGUAAUAUUUCUACUCAACCAGGCUCAGCAGCUGCUUUACAGCCUUGCUUACCAAAAGCUGAACCUUACAACCUGGAUUAUCCAACCUCACACUCUCAUAUUUCAGCACCAUUGCCAAUUUUAUCUGAUGUUGGUUAUGGAUUCUCUAUCAGUAGUAUUCAAAACUUGCCUUUAAACCCGGUCGUGGACUUUUCUCGCCCAGAAGCAGUCACCCAUCUGUCACAAUCAGGUGCAACUAUGGAGAACAGUCUCAUUGUUACCUCAUCUCAAGAAGGCUCCAGCAUUUCGGAUUCUACUUCUCUGGCUAUGGAGAGCAAGCCUGUCUCAAUGCCUGCUAACGGAUAUGUCGAUGACACGGGGAACAUUUUGAUGGAUCAGUUCAGCUACGAGUUCCCUUAUGAAUUCGUCAAUGGCAUUUGGAGUCAAGAGAAAGCUGGGGAGGUCGUUCCAAGUUGCUAUGAUAGUUUAGCUGAUUUUUCCCAUGCUGACAUAAAGCCUCAAGGACUGAAUCAAAGUGUUGCUAACCGAUACUGAGAGAAACGCAUGGCUGGAAGGGGAAUGGCGGAAGAAAAAAAUUGAAAAGACAUGGACAUGUGAAAGAAGAGAGAGAUAGAUACAAGAUUUAAGUUUUAAUUUUCUUCUCACAUGCUAUAUUAUUAUGAUUUGGACGUUGUUUCUGUAGAUAAAAAAGAAAAAGGAGAGGAUAUAUUAACCUAUGUCAAAUUCAAUUCAAGUGAAUGGGGCUUUAAUUAAUCUGAUGUUGAUUUCAUAGAAAUAGUCUUUGUUCUCUGAAUGCAGCCUUUAACCUUUUAAUUU